UAUUGGGUACUGUUGGUCCAAUUAAAAGUAAAAUAUGAUCUCAACCACUGGAGCGAAAUGUACAUCAGGACCUUAUGAGUGCCUUAAAUGUUUUGUGGCAAUCCUAGCUAGUGAGUUACAUUGGAGAUGCUCUUACCAUUUAAAAGUUCUUACUAGCUCACUUUUAAUAGUUUCAUCACUUUAUUAAAUUGUAUAUAUCAAGUCCCUCAUUGCUAAGAAUUAACUCACUCCACUCCAACCACACACAAUUCAUAAGCUUGCUGUCUUUCACCAUGGUAAGAUCAUCCUCCAAGAUCCCAAUUGAGAUCUCAAGCGAUGAAGAGAUGGUCUCCAAUAAAGCUUUUUUAUCUUCUGCACCUUGUUCUCCUGUCACUCCUCCUGCUGCUUCUUCCUCAAAACAUUCAGCCUCUAAGUCCCACCGAAAGGCCAUAUCCAUUCAUAGUAUGUUUGGAUUCACUUUUAAUCCUGAUAGAAUCACUUCUCCUCUCAUAGAAGCUACUCCCAAUAGCUUCUUCGAGAAUCACUUCUCCUCCAAAUGUGAAAAUCGUUCGAGUUCGGCUCAAGCCAAGAGAAGGUUGUUCACGUGUGUUGAACCGGACAUAGAGGACUAUGGCAAUUUGGUGUCUACCAGGAAGACAGAGAAGAAGAAGAAGAAGAAGAAGAAGAAGAAGCCUAGAAUAGCUGACACGUUACUGGACCGGUUCAGGAGCAAGAAGGGCUUGUUCGUCACUGAUCUUACUAGGACAGAAUGGUGUGAAAAGCAAAUGGAACUUUCUCUCUUUUCUAAAGAGUGGAAUAAUGGUGAAGCUCUAGGAUUUGUAGGAGGAAAGAUCAACAGUGAAGCUAUGCAAGCUGGUAUAGACAGGCAUGUUCAGCUUCAACAUGAGAUUCAAAUACCAGUAGAUGUUAACUUGAAGUCACAUGAGGAUCAUAUGGCACUGAAGCUUAUUAAUUUCAUAAAUGGUGUCAAUCAAUUGCUGUUUGAAGGACUAACACGCGAGCUUCCAAUAGUAAGCUUUGCUUCUGCACAAGGUAUAUGGAUGGUGGGAAAGAUUGAUGAAGUUAGAAUGCUUAAAGCAAAAAAGUAUCAUCAUAAACCAGUGCUAGUUGAAACAAAGACUCGUUUUAGAGACACAGUUCCUUCAGAACCACAGAAAAGAAAUGGCAGGCUUCAAUUAAUGUGUUACAAGUACUUGUGGGACAAUUUAGUUGCUCAUAAUAACUUCCCUUCUAAAGAGUUGUUUGAUUAUUUUGAGUUAAAUCCUCGACGUGUUCUUUGUAAGGAUCUUCAAGAAGCAGGUUCUGAAUCUGGAAUCUCAGCAAGGACACUUGGUGAUGUGGUGACAUGUUACCAGAAUACAUGUAAAAUGAUGUUACCUGCUCAUGAUGAACUUGUGUUGAGAUAUGAGUCUCAGAGGGACCAGUCACUGCUGUAUGAAGAAAAGUUUUUGUAUGAUGGUGGUUGGAUACAGAAUAUGAUCCAGAAUUGUCUUGAGUUUUGGCUUGGACAGAGAGAAGCUAGUUAUGUUGAUGAGGAAGAGCAGUGGAAAUGUAGGUACUGUAAUUUUUCUUCUGAGUGUCCUGCAUACACUAAUACUGAGAGCACAGAAACCUCUUCAGGGGAUGAUUCAAGUGAUUGUUAUUAUUAGAAAGAAAUGUGAAGUGGGCUUGCCUUGGGGGAAUGUGCUUUUCAUCUACAAUAGUGUAAUUAAGAGUAAUGCUUUAGUUUAUGCUUUGAUAUUGUAAUUGUAAUAUCCACUACUUAUCAUAAUUCUGUAGUUAUUUUCUAUGUUUUUCUAUGAGCAACUUAAAAUUGGCUUUUACCUUUUUAUUUAAAAUUAAA